AUGCACGCCAUGUCAGAACCACCUGAGAUCGUCAUCCCACAGGACGAUGCAGGGUCCAGUGUGCUCCAAGAAAGCUGGAGCUUUCUCGACGAUGUGAGACGACGUUUUGAGACGACCCAGCCAGAGGUUUACGCAGCAUUUAUCCAGGCCCUGAGUAGCUUCCAUACCGCCACGCAGAAAACUGCCGGCAACUCUGAGGGGUUGCUCUUUGAAACUCACGAGACAGUGAAAGCGCUGCUUCAUGGGCACCAGGACUUGUUGGAGAGGUUUGAGAGCAGUCUUCCACAGGAUUAUCUCAAUCGGAGGCGUGAAGCAUCAUCAGCAGCGAGGCACAGCUAG